AUGGAAUACGCAACAUCCCCAAAAGACAAGUCUCUAGAGUCCCCUCCAUUGCAAGAACCCCCGACCAAGAUAUAUGCGCUCAGUGAAAUCGCCCAGCACAACCGAUUAGAUGAUAUCUGGGUCAUAAUCGAUGGCAAUGUGUACGAUCUUACAAAUUUUGUGAGCGAGCAUCCAGGCGGGGGAAAAAUCCUCCAAGGCGUUGCCGGUAAAGAUGCCACGAAGAAAUUUAAUAAAUACCAUCGGCCGGCGUUGAUUUCCAGGUAUGAGGCGAGGUUGAAGAUCGGUCAAGUGCAGCUAGAGCAGUCGGUUGAAAAGAAAAGUAAAUUUCGGAUUCGACUGAAUUUCGCAAGUCACGGUGGUAGAUGA